AAGUAUUUAAAACCCAGAGCAUUUCUUAGGGUUUCAACUUGAUCCGUCAUUCGUUCGCCUUAUUGGAAUUUCCUUAGCACUAAGCAGCGGGGAGGCAGCACCACCGUCGACAGCGGGGGCGACUUAACUACACAGAAGUAACAAAAUGGCAAGAGGAUUGAAGAAACAUUUGAAGAGACUCAAUGCCCCAAAGCAUUGGAUGCUUGACAAGCUUGGUGGAGCAUUUGCUCCCAAGCCAUCAUCUGGGCCACAUAAAUCAAGGGAGUGCUUGCCGUUGAUCCUCAUUAUGCGAAACAGGUUGAAGUAUGCUCUGACAUACCGUGAAGUCAUUGCCAUUUUAAUGCAACGACAUGUUUUGGUCGAUGGAAAGGUUCGAACAGAUAAGACUUAUCCUGCUGGCUUCAUGGAUGUUGUCUCAAUUCCAAAGACAAAUGAGAACUUCCGUCUCCUCUAUGACACUAAGGGAAGAUUUCGGCUCCAUUCAGUCAGGGAUGAGGAGGCAAAGUUUAAGCUUUGCAAGGUUCGAUCUGUCCAGUUUGGGAAGAAGGGAAUCCCAUACCUCAACACUUACGAUGGCAGAACCAUCCGUUAUCCAGAUCCUCUCAUAAAGGCCAAUGAUACCAUCAAGUUGGAUUUGGAGUCCAACAAGAUUGUUGAUUUUAUCAAAUUUGAUGUUGGAAAUGUGAUCAUGGUCACUGGUGGAAGAAACAGGGGGCGUGUUGGAGUCAUUAAGAACAGGGAAAAGCACAAGGGUAGCUUUGAGACCAUUCACGUUCAGGAUGCAAUUGGGCAUGAGUUUGCUACUCGUCUAGGAAAUGUUUUCACCAUUGGUAAAGGUACUAAACCAUGGGUAUCCCUCCCAAAGGGAAAAGGUAUCAAAUUGUCCAUCAUUGAAGAGGCACGGAAGAGGCUUGCUGCCCAAUCGGCUACAACUGCUUGAAAUAUCGUUUUGUUGCAUCUCAACCUGGGACAGGAUAGAUUGAAUUUUCAUAUUUUAUGUUUCUUUUUUCUUUUUUUUUUCCCUCGAGCAGUAGUUUCCCUGUUUUCAGAACAUCAGUUCGAGUUUUAAUGCUUUCUGUGCUAUCGUUUGGUUGACUAAUGGAUUGGAUGAUAAUCUCUGUUUUGCCUGUAUUAUUUACUUAUCUAUUUCUAGCUAGAAAUAAUGCAUUUAUAGAACGGUUCAUUAGUUGCA